CAUUGUUUGAGUGUAAGCUGCCUCAAACAAACACGCAGGUCUGUCCCUAAUCUCGUGAAUAUGCAAAGCUGCAAACACCAAAGCUGAGCAAAAUACCCGGACUGUGAAAAGUCCACGGAGGAAGGCGCAUCGCGCAGUCCUGAGUUCUUUUCAAAUAUGGAUGGAUUAGCACGGAUUGGUACAGGCUAACUUGAAGACCCUUAAUUAAUGACAAAGACUUCCUUUGGUGUUUUUGUUAAAAGGAAAAAAAAACUUUCACUAUCAUUUUGCGAGAGGAAAGUUAUCUUUACUAGUUUGAAAACACCGGAGUUAAGGAGAAAAAAAAAGCAACAGCUGCUCUCUGCUUUUACGACCAGAACCAGCGGCAAGGCCAUGAACCCUACGGGUGUUCCGAGAGGAUGCGACCCCAGCAUCAGCGCCAUCUUUUACCAGCUGUGCGACCUGACAGCAGUGUGGGGUAUUGUGCUGGAGGCCUGUGCGGCUGCAGGCAUGGUGACUUCCUUUAUGCUCUUUGUGAUUGUCUUGGCCUCCUUACCUUUUGUGACAGACAAGAAAAGAAAAGGUAUGGUGGCUCUGCAGGCCAGUAUUCUAGUCUUUACCCUGGGACUGUUUGGACUCACUUUUGCCUUCAUCGUGGACCGGUACUCUACAAGCUGUGUCGCGCGGAGGUUCCUGUUCGGAGUGCUGUUUUCAGGCUGCUUGUCCUGUCUGGUGAUGCAUGGGUUGUGGCUUGUGCUGCUGGAGAGGAGAGGCAGUGGACCCAGGAGUUGGACCUUGUGGCUUGGAGCUCUGGCUCUCUGGCUAGUGGAGGUUAUCAUCAAUACUGAAUGGCUCAUCAUCACUGAAGUCAGGAAUCCACUCUCAGAUCCUAUUGCCCUACACCACCCCUGUAUCAUUGCUAACCAGGACUUUGUAAUGGCUCUUAUUUAUGUCAUGUUGCUUCUCUUGGCUGUUGUUCUGAUCGCUUUGCCCUCGCUGAAACAUAAGCACAAGCAGUGGAGGAGGGACGGCGCCUUUAUCCUUGUCACGGGGUUCUUCACCAGUGCUAUCUGGGUAACUUGGAUUGUGAUGUACACCUACGGAAAUGGAGCGGCUGGACACGCCAGCUGGGAUGAUCCCACCUUAGGAAUAGCUGUGGUGUCAAACGCUUGGGUAUUCCUGGGUUUCUAUGCAAUUCCGGAGAUUUGUUUACUGACACAAGAGGACUCGGAGCAGGAGCAGCCCCUCGAUGGGGAGCAUGUCUAUCCUGCACGGACUCUGGUGUAUGGCCCCGACCUGAAAGAGCCAGAGCCAACUCAGCAAAAUGUUUAUGUGGAGAAUAAGGCGUUCUCUAUGGAUGAGGCUGCUAUAGAACCUACAACGCCGGUGUCUCCAUAUGCAGUCUAUAACGGUCAGCGACAGAGCAGUGUGUACCAGCCCACAGAAAUAGCCUUAAUUGCCAAACAUCUCAAAGAGAUGGACCAAGGUGCCAGGAUCCCCCGCGCCACAGCCCCACCUUUAAACCCAGGAAGUGGGAGAAGCUCUCUGUCCCGAUCUGUUGAAUCUUUAGCAUCUCAAGAAUGGUCGUAGAUUAGCAAACUCCAAUUUAUUUUGCAUGUCUGUGAUUUUUGAAGCUACUGUAAUCAUUUUCAUCAUAGAUAUGCAUCAGAGUGCCCUUAAUAUGCAUUAAACUUAGUUUCAAUUCAAACAGUUCAGCUCUUUGUGGCAUCUAGUCUUUCUAUUCAUCUUGAAGUUCAAUCAAAAAUCCAAACACUGAAGAUCAAUACAAAAAAAUAGCUACAGCAAUGGUUGCCUUUAUAGUAAUUUUUAUUUUUCAUCUGCUAGAACCUCAAAUUACAAGCUGAGUGUUGAGACUGUGCGUUUUCUGUGUAAAGCAGACGUAAUAAAAGAAAGCAUGGCUGGAUCUUUUCAUGUUGUA